CUCCGAUUCAAUUUGUCAAAUACUGACCCUCCGCAACGCUCACAGAAUUUGAAAGAUUUCGUUUCAAUCCUAAGUUGGAAAAUAGAAUUUUGCAAUUUUUAUAUCAACGAUAGUAGCUGAUUUCACCUUUUUCUGUAUGUAAAAAUCGUUAACUGUGAUGUAUUCAAUAUACGGAAUGCUUCAGUUGAUUUUACUUCAAUUUUACUCCAAAUGUCGAAUUUUAAUUUUCACCUUGGUGUUUGAUUUUUACUUCAGAAGAAGAAUUAAAAAAAAAAAGACGAAAAGAAAUUUAUACAAAAAUUUCACAAGAAAAAAUUGUUAAAUGAAAUUAGUUAACGUAUUUAUAAAAGACGCAUAUCAAGCAGGCACACUGCCGGUCCCUUGGGUUUUGAGUUUCUUAUAAAGUUGAAUAUAAAAUUUACCAAAUUACUUUCCAUGCUUUUUAUUCUUUCCUCUUAAACAGUUUUAAUUCAGUUUUAUUUAGUUUCUUCCUCUUAUUUUUUUUUUAUUUCGGUUCUCAAUUUUGUGGAAGGUUGAAAAAUAAGAAAUAAAACUUUCGAUAUUUUACCUAUAGAAGUAACUACAUCAUAUUUCACUCAGAGAGACUACAAUCGAAGAUUAGAAAAUUCGUUGAAAAAAAGAUUCGAAAAUGUUAUCAAAUUAUGAUUUUAAAAAUUUCCUCAGUAUUCGGAACAAGUCAAAGAGACGUGGGGGUUGCAAAUUUCAAAGGCUAACGACUGGAGAAUUCACUUUUACAUACCGUUUAUACCAUUUUACAUAUGUAUAUAUUCAUUUACCGUAAUCUGCUGCUUUUGUUAUAGACAUGUAAACGUAUAUGAUAUACGCAUAGGUAUGCUAUGAAUAUUAAUACGUAUGUAUACAACGAUCAAGGAAGAUCCAUCACUCUGGAAUUGCAGCGAUCAGGUUGUGCCACGGCACCCAACGCGCAACGGGGGUUAAUUAAUCGAGUCCGACGGUGUCAUGAAGAGCAAGAGAGUGAGAAAUCUAGACUCACCAGAGUAGCAGACUGACGUCUGACGUCGCGUAUAGAGGGAUGAGUACGGUUGAAUUACAGUUACAUGACGCCAUCGCCUCAGAAAGAUAAAAAUAUUAAACACAAUUCAACCCAAAUGUACAAAAGACACCCUCAUUUGAAUUUUUCUCGUAAACUAUAUGAAGACGAACAUGUAUAAUUUCAAGAACACAAUAAUUCGUCGACUUUUCUUAAUGAUUUCCUAAUUUAUUGGGUCAUACCAUUCCGAUCAAGACGGAAACCAAAGAAUUUCAGAUUUUUUUUUUUUACUAAUUCGACCACCGUAUAAGAAAUGUUGAUUAUAUACAUUAUAAGUGUGCUGAAAUGUGUAGACUUUUCUCGCAUGUACAAAAAAAAAAGUUAAUGGGGAAGCCAACUCUAUUACUAAAUCAUGGCCUGGGCAUAGAUGUGUAUAGGAUCUAUGGUAUGGGCUUUCUCUGAACCAAAAAAGUGGAUAUUCUAUAGCAAAUAUGAAUUCCACUGCAGAAAUGUAGAGCGCGAUGAUUAAUUAUUUAAUUCAUUUGUUUUCCACUGCUGUACCAAAAUGGCAUAACUUGGAAAUGAAUGUUAUUGUAUUUUUGGUUUGAUUAAUAGAAUAGAAAAACGCAAAUCAGUAUCAAUUAAAUUAUCGAAUAUCUUUUGUGUUACAAAACUAUUUCAGCAGAGCCAUAGGGUAUUUUCGAUAGAAAUAUGAAACGCAAUUUCAUCGUGAUGUCUGAAAUUCUGCCUACUGAAAUUCGAAAAUUUUCAUGAUUCAAUAUUCGGUACGAUCUCCCAAAAUAAUCAGCGAAACACCCCGGACGCGUUCAGCUAUUCUCAAAUAGUGAGUCGAAAUUUUAUCCGAUGCAGGGAGUCUCUGGCGUUUCCUGCGUGUAUUUUUCAAAAUUUGUCGAGUUUUUAUAGUCCAGAACAAUGUUUUGUUCUCUUUUUAGCUACCGCCAAUACGUCGUCUUUUGUGGAUCGCUCAUUCUCCCAUGGCAUCGUAAUACAAGCUUACCGAGAUAGUUUACCUCGGAUGCCGGUUUCCGUCUGCUUUUCUUCGUUGCUUCGGAGUUCUCGUUGGUCCCGGUCCUCAGCCUCCUCUUAUCAGUGCCACGCCGGGGUAUGAGGAGGGAACGAGGAGGGAGGCGCGCGCGCUCCAAUCCUCUCGUAUAAUUUCGUGACUGUUCGAUAAAUUCCGUGGAUCUCUGCGGGGGCAAAGCCAGAAGCCUCUUCUUGGUUCCCCGGCUUCCUCUCGCGCUGAGGGCACCGGGUUACUCCUCUCCGAGAGGUCCAAGCGAGCGCGUCGAUCCCGGUGGAAAAAAAAAAGAGAUUUAAUAACAGUAAACGAUAAUUUGUAUAAAUUUCGUGAUAAUGAGAUAACGAAAUAACGUAAAAUCUGAAAUUAAAUCGACAAAUGAAAUUUGAGAAACGGAAGAAAUUUUACAAAUUAGAAAGCGAAAAAAUCGUCUCAUCGAAUUGAAAUAACAUAAUCGUUCGGUUUUAUUUUUUUACUUUGUUUUUUUCAAGAGUUCAUCAUACGUGCUUGUUGCUCACUGGUAUUUGACAGUUGAAACACAAUCGCAAAUAUCGCAAAGGGAUAAAAAAUGAUGAUAGCGCAGAUAAAUAAAAAAAAUUCAAUCUGAGGGUAACAUGUGUACAAAAUUGGGAUAAUAUUUUACUCGAUGUCAUACAACCCUUGGGAUCCUGCAACUCGUCCGGUUUUUAAAAAACGGAAAUUGUUGUUCCUGUACUGUUAUCUUCACGCAUCGAAGAUCUCGAUAAAGGAUUAUACAGAGAACUGAAACAAAAUAAAGUGAAAAUCUUCGUAUUCGUUACCCUUUCAAAUAAUUAUUUUAUGCUGAAGGAAGACGAAGAGAGGAUAAAGAUCGAGGAAGACUGUGUGUUCUUUAAAUUCGUUCGAUCGGUAAACUCAAAAAUUGAAUGACCAGUGAUCGAUAAAUCUCCAGAUCGUCGUCCUCGUGUGUGUGAUUCCGUUGUUUUUUGCCCUUUUUACCGUACAUCAUCAUUUUGCCUCAUUUUUCGUUAUGUUCUCUGUGUGACAAAACGUAAAGUUUCUAUUAAUUUUUCAUUACUCCGUUUUUUCUGUUUCGAACUGGAAUACAGUGCCCGCACUUUUUACGUUGAUGUGAUUUUCGAAUGAAAGUGUUUAUUGUGUCGCCCAAAGGGGUGUUUUAGAAUGAUAAUGAUGAUGAUGAUUAGGAUGAUAAAUUUGAUGUACACGUGGUCCCACAAAAGUUGAUGAAGUUUAACGAGUUGCAGAAGGCUGGAAAUAAACCAAAAAAGAAGAAAAAGCGAAACAAAAAUAAUUGAAAUCCAUCGUUAUCCUUGUUCGAUAGUAACUAAUACAUGAUUGGUGGGUUGGAUUUUGAAAACUUUCUCAAAGCGAUUCAAAUUCAUCGUCAUCGAGGAAUCUAAUUAACAAGAAUAUUAACGAUAAUAAUCUGUCUUCAAAUGAGUGCGAAAUAAAGGCAGUAUGAAAAGUUAUGAAAAUGAACCAAAUUGACUUUUAAAAACAAAAUAACAAAAAAGCGUGUUUUUAAUCAAAAAACGCAUUCGUGUUAUGUACGGUGAAUGCAGAAGAGAAGAAACUGAAUUAAAAUUUUUCAGCGGGAUCCAGCUUCAAUUAAUUCAUCAAUUAAUGAAAAGCAUUGCAAAACAGUCGAUUGAUCACUGCUGAUGAGAUUAUACAUCAAAUAAUUGAUGCAGUAUAGCAUUACUAAUGAUACUAAAUGAUGACAAAUUCCAAAGCGUUAACAAUUUAAUAAUUCAUAAUGACUAAUGAAUAUAUAUCACAACCCAACGACCUGUGCCAAUAAUUAAUCGAACAAUCAGUGAUUUUUUAAAACUUCGUAUAUAUUUUUUAAAAGAAUCGUGCGUGUAUUUUUCUCUCGUAACAUAAUCGUUGUCGACCUUGUUCUCGAAAUAUAAGCGCCAAAUUUCAAAAUAUUGAAUGAUCAAAUUAAGAUUAACAAGAAAAAGAGAGAGGAGAAGAAAUUUGAAUUGAUACACAAAUGAAAAACGAAUCCAAAGAAAUCGUGCUCUCGUUUUGGAUAAAUUAGAAAUUAAAAAAAAAAAAAAAAAAGAAUUAAUCAAUCAAUUAAUUAAUAGCUCGCUGUGCUCAAUAAUAAUAUAAUAAGAAAAUUAACAAUAAAAAUUAAUUCGUGCCAAAUGUUCAUCGUAAUUUUUAACCCGUUUAUUGAAAAGGUGUUGGAAAUUAGCUACGGCAUUAUUAUUAGAAAAUUAUUGUUACUGGAAUAUCAAAAGAGUUGAUAAAGUUUGGAAAUUGAUUUGUACAAUCAAAUCGUUAGCUAGAUACAUACAUAUUAUAUAUCGAUGUGUAUAUAAUAAUAGUAAUAUCGAAAAAUGGGAUAUUAAUUACUUGACAAUAAUAAUUAAUCGUUAUUGGAAAGAAUUAAUUAAUACAACUAACAUAGAAUCAAUAUUUACAAUAAAAUUUGUUCUCUCUUCCAAAUCGUACGUCAUCAUUUUUUGUUUUCCAAUUUCGUUAAACGAAAAUAGAAUAAAAAAUAAAAUCAAAAGACCAAAACCAACAAAUAACGAAACGAACAAAAAUUAGUAAAUUUAAUAAUUAACAAAAUCAUCCCUGUAUUUCAUUCGAAUACAUUAAACCACCGAUAUCCGACGACUGUUCGAGGGGUUGGUACCAACUGAAAACAAACACUAAUCGAAAUAAAAUAAAAUUGAAAAAAAGGAAUUAUUAAUUACAGUGUAUAUAUACAAAAGUAAAGGAAUUCAAGUCCAUUUCUCUUAUUGUAACAUGUGUGGUUCGAGAGUGUGAAAAACAGAAAAUUGGAAUAGACGAAUAUUCACAAUUUGCAUAGAAAAAUGAGAAGAACGGGUGUCUUGAUGAUCUGCAAAAUGAGGUUCUUCGUCGCUUCGCUAUUCUUCCACGUUUUUGCUUCUACGCUUGUAACAGGAGAAGCUCAGCAGUAUUUUCGAGUAACGCCGAGGAACAGUUCGGUUCUCGAGGGUGGCGAAGUGGUCAUACCGUGCGAAGUUGGGAACAGAGUUGGAACGGUACAAUGGGUCAAGGAUGGAUUCGCCUAUGUUAUAUCGGCCAACGGCGAGAUCGUCGGUCAUCCGAGGUUUCGAAUGGUCGGCGACCAAAGCGCGGGUGUUUACAACCUGCGUAUCACCGACGCUUCGUUGACCGACGACGGUGAAUAUCAGUGCCAAGUCGGGCCCUACAUGAGGACCGUUAAGCCGAUCCGAGCCAACGCCCAUCUCGACGUUAUAUCACCCCCGGUGAAAGUUGAGAUCAGCAAUCACCCGAAUCAGGCGAAAAUCGAGGCUAAAGUCGGGCAGUCCCACGUACUCCAGUGUUCGGUGAGGUUCGCUAAACCGGCGGCAACGAUUGUCUGGUACAGGGGGAACGUUCAGGUGAAAGGAGGAAGCACGAACGUCGAGUCGAUAUCAAUCGAGGAUGACAAAGAAAUGCCAAAUCCAGGAGAGUCGAGAAAGGAGCUGCGGAAAUACGACACGCACGGGUCAAUUACUAUAGUCCCAACUGCCGACGACGACGAAACCGACUAUACCUGUGAAGCUAGACACCCGGCCAUCCCAGUCGACAUGCCUAUGCGAGCAACAAUAAAGCUGUCUGUUCUUUAUCCACCCGGAACACCUUACAUCGAAGGUUACACGGAGGGUGACACGGUCCGUCGCGGUCAGCAGGUGGAUCUGGUUUGCAGAUCUAGGGGUGGAAAUCCACCCGCGCAAGUCGUCUGGUUCAAAAACGACGAACAAAUAACAACCGUUUACCGUACGGAGGCGUCGUUUUCCGAAAACGUUCUUUCAUUCGAGGCAAAAGCAACCGACAACAAGGCGAGAUUCAGGUGCGAGGUAUCGAACGUGAUGAGCGUAGCACCCCUGAAGGCGCACGUAGAUCUCGCUGUUCUCUUUGCUCCCACGGCUGCCGUGAUAACCGGACCUACCGAGGCCAAGGCUGGCGAAGAAGUGCGAAUAACUUGCACAACCGAAAAUUCGAAUCCACCGGCGGAUAUCAAGUGGGUAGUGGCGGGUAAAAAUUUUCGCAACAGCACGUCAAGGACGAAUCUCGCCGCCCAGGGUGGCUGGGUCACUACGUCGAACAUCACGUUCAGCAUCAAUCCGGAAGUCAGAAGUAUCGUCGUACUCUGUCAUGCCGUUAACAACAAAUUGGACGGAAACGUCGUCGGCACUCACACCAUAAAUGUCAUAUAUCCACCCUCCGAUUUAAUAGUCACCGGAUACGAGGAGGGGGUUGCUAUAGACGCGGGUACAGUUUUGAAACUUUCCUGUACCGCGACCGCUGGAAAUCCUCUGGCUACUCUGACUUGGUACAAAAACGAUAAAAUGGUUAAUGGAAACGUACGGACACGCGAUCACGUCGUUUCGAGCGAACUCGUCAUCCUGGUUAACGCGUCGGAUAAUAACGCGAGGGUCAGAUGCGAGGCGACUAAUUCAGCCAUCGAUAUACCCCUCAUUCAACAUCUGCAGCUGAAAGUUAACUUUCCUCCCGACCAGGUGAGGAUAACGCGAGAACCGAAGGAAUUUCGCGCUGGUCAAAUAGGACGGAUAAUUUGCGAAUCGAGCAGCAGCAAUCCUCCGGCUGAAAUGUCAUGGUGGAAACACGGUAUACCCGUUCCCGUAACUAACAACAGCACGAACACAGGGCUGAACGGUGGCUUCGUAUCCUCCGUGGAACUGUCCCUGGAACUGACGGAGAAAAUGAACGGCGAUCUUUACACCUGUCAAGCCAGAAACGCCGCGCUAGAACGAGCCAUCCACGACGCUACCACCCUCACCGUAUUCUAUAAGCCGAUUUUUUCGGCCCUGGACCCUAACGAGUUGGUGGGUAUGGAAGGCGAGCCUUUUGUCAUAUCCGUUUCAGCGACGGGAAAUCCAGCAGUAAUAAAGUAUAGCUGGACGCGAUACGGACUGCCUCUGAGUACCGGUAACAAAAGAGUUAGCGCUCGAGGACCGACACUCAACAUUACCAAAUUGGAUCGCCACGAUGCCGGAACGUACAUUUGCGAAGCGGUGAAUACGGAGGGAACGUCUUACUAUCAGUUGAAUUUGACGGUGCAAUUUCCAGCAAAAAUUGAGCGUACCUCGAAAUCCGGGGUCGUUCACCCCGCCGACGUGGAGGCAAAAUUGUGGUGCGAUGUUGACGGAAGUCCGAUGGGCGACAGUUACGUUACGUGGCACAAAGUUGGAUCGAACGUUGAUCUAAAUAGAAGGUUUCAAACCUCUUUUGUCAAUAAAACUUCCUACCUCCAUAUCCCGAAUCCCAGUAGGGACGAUGUAGGGGAAUAUCAGUGCAACGUGAACAACGGAAUCGGGAACGUAACGUCGAAGCCCAUACUCUUCGUUACUAACUUUAAACCAGAAAUGGCUAAUUCGCCACUCACGAAAAAGGCCGCGGCCAACAAAGGAUCGAGCGCUCAACUGUCCUGCAAGGCACAAGGAUCGCCCCUUCCAAGGUUUACCUGGUUGUUCAACGGGAAACAGUUGCUGACCAACAGAACCGAUCACAAGUACGACGUCACGCAAACUGAGGUAUCGGAAUUGAUCUCCGAGUCUACGCUGACGAUCUACAGAGUGUCUCCGGAUGACUACGGAAAAUACGAGUGCAGAGGCCGUAACAAGGUGGGAAGCGGGACAGACGAGGUCUUUUUGAACGUGACAUCGCCACCAGACCAGCCACUGGAACUCGAGGUGUACAAUGUCACUCACGAUUCUGUUGUCCUUACUUGGAAAAAAGGAUUCGAUGGCGGGCUUCCAACGUCUCAUCAAAUUCGGUGGAGACCGGCAUUAGAUCACGAGGACAGGUACCAGUACAUGGACGUGUCCGCGACACAAAACAGCGCCCUUAUCACCGGGCUUGCCCUAGGGAAAUUUUACGUAUUCAGCAUCAAAGCGAUCAACGCUAAAGGGCAGAGCAACUUCUUGCCAGAUCUCGUCAAAGUUCAAACACUGAGGCCGAAUAAUGUGGAGAAUCUACCAGACGUGCUACUGGAAAAGGGGGACUUUCCGAUGAAUUAUAUCUAUGCGGUAGCCGCAACAAGCAUCGUCUUUUUUCUUGUUAAUCUAUUCAUCAUGUUGUGGUACAUUGUGAGAAAGAGAAACAAGGCCCGAAUAAACAAAUCCCAAACAGCCGACAUGUACGCACCGUCAACUGUGAACGGAGAUACGAUGACCGGCGAAUUAAGUUCCGUUUCGGACGAGAAGAGCGACGUUAACUUCGAUGCAAACGAUUACGUGGACGAGGGGAGGAAGACGGCGGCCAGUACUUACCUGAUAGAUCAAAGUAUUCAAGAAUUCGGUAAAAACAGUCUUGAAAUGCAGGUGCAUCACCAUCAGGGUACCCUUGGGAGGAGAAGUAACAAUCACAGUCACGGUGUCAUAAUGGACAUGGAUUCACCACCGCAGCGUACAACAGCAAGCGGUACUCUCUCGGUCUCAAAAUCGAGUUACAUAGGGAAUCCGAGUCCAGCACCGCCGGCGUCAGACGUGAAUUUUUACAGUGUGGAAAUGGACAAUGGCCGGUAUUUGGGAUAUGAAGGAAAUCCCAGCCCGGCCCCAAUACUGAGCGGGGAUCCGGGUCUGGGUACGUAUUACCCGUCAUUGGGUUCUCUGCAAGGUGUGGGACAUCAUCCGCAUCAUCACCAUCAUCUUCAACAGCACAGCAGUACGCCGCACAACACGGUCCAGGUCGGGGGAGGAACGCUGACCAGGAACAGGACCCUCCCUCGCCCAGUCCCCCCCCCAGACGUCACUGUUAUGACUGCAGGAACAAAGUCCCCGGUACCCCCUUCGGUACCCCCCCCGCCAGCUACGUUUGCACGUGCGGUCCCCGUCCAAGGAAAUUCCCACGGGCACCCACUGUCUACUUUCACCUCAACCCCAGCCUAUUCGGACAUUGACGGACAUCUUGUCUGAGAUUUAAUUAAUAAUCAACAUUUUCACAACGAUGGUAAUAAUUCGUUAUUGCCAAUCAACGCACAGACUAUUGAUCAAAGUGCUUCGAAUUUAUUAGAUAUACAGCAAUUACAAGUACGCCGAAUAUUAGAAACAAAUCAAGAUUUACAUCGAACUAACAAGUUGGAAGAUGGAGAAGAAUUGAACGAAUUAUCGUACAAAAACGAGCCCAAUAACGAAGACGACGAAGAUUCAGAGGAGAGUACCCGCCUGUGAGUUAUGAGAAAAGAUCAAACCACGUUGAAAGCUAAACAUUUGAAAAACUAGGCAAUCAAGUUCGUGCAAGGUCAAGUUACAUUUAGCGAGUAAUCACUGGAUUAUCGGUCUACCUAAGUUGAAGUUACGGUCGCAUCUCCAUCGUGCCAACGGUCACGAGGAGAUCAUAGUGUUUGAUUAACAUGUGAUUUCAACAAUUCGAGGAAUAACUCGAAAGUGUCUCAAAGUCGCGAGGUGGGCUCAUUAUUAUCUGUUCAGAAACACAAUAGCUGACUGUGUAUAUCGACGUCCCCGAAAUUGCAUGGCCAUGACGAUAAUUAGUCGACGAGAAGGAGAAGAGUGACAAGUAAGUGAGCUUCUUUUGGUUUAUGCAUAAGCAGUGAUAAAUGAUAAUAUAUCCCAUCGAAAGGACGAUAGGUAGAUAAGUCAAAAUAGAUAUUAUAUAUAUAUAUAUAUACAUAUAUACAUAAAUUAUAUUUUAAUUUUACGAUUAUUAUAUCCUCUCCUUGCUUUUUAAUUCUCUCAUUAAAUCUCUUUUGUGUUCCAUUCGAAUUUCAUAUAUCUAUGAGUUAGGUGCUGAUGAUCCAUACGUACUCAAGGUAUAUGAAAUAAUUAGUAUCUCAGAUGUAAAUAAUAUUUUAUUUAAAAGACAAAAUUAAAUAUUAUAAUUAUGAGAGCCAAUUCCGAGGUAUAGACUAAAAUAAAUGAAAAUGAUAUUAAUGAUAAUAAUAAAAAGGAUGAUAAUUACAUCGAUAGUCAUCAAAUAUAUAUUAUAAUGAAAAUUAAAAUAUUAUGAACGACAAUGACUAAGUAUUAUAAUUAGAGUACUAUAUCGUAUAAUGUAUAUUUUCUAUUGCAUUUAUUUUCAGAAAAUUUCUAUUAUCAUGAUUAUCAUUGUCAUUAAUAUUAUCAUUAUUAUCAUUUUUAGAAAUAGUAUUUAUAACUAUUACUAUUAGUAUUAUAAUUAUGAUGAUAUGAUCGAUGAAUGAAAUUGAAAAUAAUAAAAAAUUAUUAUAAAUCAUACAAAUACAUAAAAUAAUCCUAAAUGUUUUUCAAGCUCCGCGAAAUAAUUCAAAUGGAUUAUAUGAGGGUCUUAUAAUGUACUAAUUAUUAUUAUUAAUAAUACCUGAUUCACCUAGGAUAUAAUUGUAUAAUAUCGGUAUAAUGCUCAGCGUUGAAACGGUAAUCAUUUUUAUUAUCAUAAUUAUUACUAUCAUUAUCAUUAUCGUCAUCAUUAUUACUAUCACUAUUAUUUUCUUUAUCAAAAAGUAUAAUUGUACGUAUCUUUAGUACAUAUAUUAAUUAUUGCACAUGUAUAUACCUAUAUUUUCGAUGAAAAAAAAAAAAAUUCUGAAAGAAAUUAAAUUGAACUAUAACAAUUGGCCUAUUUCUAUCAUUAUCAUUGUUAUUAUUCUUAUUAUCAUAAUCAUAAUUAUUUUUUGAAAUGAUAUGAUUUUAUUAUCGUUACCUACAAUUGGUGUCACAACGAUGUCGAUGAUUGCGUUCAUUAACGAUAUUAUGUGCACUACGUACAUACAAUAUACCUACCAAAUCGAACGUAGGAAUUUUCACUAUACGUUUAUUGUACACAAACAUGUAAGUAUAUGUGUAUAUACUGUACAUAUGGCCAAUUAUUUCAGUCGUUUGCAAUCGUUAAACGAGUGAUAUAAUGAUUUAUCGAUAGGUAUAAUUACAUAUUUAUAUAUAUUUCAUGUAUUUAUAUAAUUAUACCUAUAGGUAUACAAAUAUAACAUGUGCAUAUUGUACGUGUCACGAGGCUUAUGAUUAAUGUAAAAUAAUUAAGUUAUGCAGGUAUAAAUGGUUACAUCGUAUUAAUUAUUGAAAAUUUUUGAAUUUUAUUGAUAAUGUUUGUAUUAAAAGUUAGCACGUUAUUAUCAAGUAUAUCGCUAUAUCCAAUAUGAUACCAUUUGAUAUAGCAUCAGAUCAUCAUUACUAUUAUUAUUACUAAUUUUACUAUUGUUAUUCUUAUUGUUGUAACAUUCGUCGAUAAUCUUUAUUACCAUGGAUAUUGAAAGUACCAAUAUUCAUUCAAAUGAUGGUUACGAAAAGGGUAUAGCAAAAUUAUCAAUGACAAUUGUAAUAAUAAUAAUGCUAGUGAUACUGAUGAGGAUAAUAGAAUUUCAUAGAAUCUGCAGGCUUAAUAUCUUGAUAAUUGUUGACCGAAUAUUUUAUAAAAAAAAAAAAGGAAAAAAAGAGGAAAAAAAGGAAAGAAAUCAAAUAAAAUUGCCCAAAAAUACUUGCGCAGAGGUCAACUUAGACUGAUGAUUAUUGUGUCUGAAAAAAUGAAUAAUUAAAUAAAAAUCACCGUAUGCUCAAUUAGAGAAAAGAAAAACGAUAAAAGAUUAAAAAAAUUAAUAAAAGUUAAAAAAAAAACGAAAGAAAAAAACCCGUUCACGCGCAUUAUGUAUGUGCAGUGUAUAUUAAGAGUAAUCUAUUUACAUAUUAUACAUGUUUUAUAUUUGUAAUUGAUGAAUUAUAGGAGAUGAAUGAAAAAAAAUUUAUAAUAUUAAUACCUAUAACAACAAUAAUAAUAAUGAUAACAAUAGCAUCAUUAUUACACUCGUAAUAUUAAUGAUAAUGAUAACAAUGAUUAAUCAUAACUUGCGAAGUCGUAAAUUAAAAUUCAUUGAAAACGCGGAAAAAACGAGAAAAUUAAAAAAAAAUUUUAAAUAAAAAUAAACACUGUAAUACGUAUUGUUAAUGUUAACGAUAAUAUUAAAAAUAAUAAUAAUUAUUAUGAUAAUAUGUAAUCUCCAAAGUAUUUGCUCAUCCAAGUGGCUAUAGAUAAGUUAUUAUAAUUAUUAUAAUGAAAAUGAUUAAAAAGAAAAAAUUAACAAAAUAUGAAAAAAAAAGAAUUAAACUCGGAUAAUCGGUCUUCGUCCAUAAUGGUACCUUGGAGAUGGACAUAAUGCCUACAUAAUGUAUUAUAUAUUAUAUGUCUCGCCACCGCGCGAUAUUCCAUAUUUUACAUAUAAUAUGUAUAUUAUUGAAAUUAAUGAAUAACAAUGAUAUAAUGGUUAUAAUAAUUAUAGUAACAGUAAUGAUGAUAAUAACAAUAAUUAUAACAACAACAAAAACAACAACAAUCCAUAAUUGUUUCGUUGAUUAUUGUUAGGGUUAAAUAGUCAAUCCUAAUUAUAUAUAAAUUAUAUACUAUGAUACAAUCACUGAGACAAUUAAGAAAAAAAAAAACAACUACAAAAAAGGACAACCAAAAAAUGAAUUCGAAAAAAAUGAAUGACAAAAUUUCGGAACUAUAAUAAUUCAAAUGAACGUGAAUGAAUAUAUAAAUUAUAUUACUCCAACAUAAUUAAUUUUUCUAUGUAAAUAAUGUAAAUAUAUGUAAUUCUCUUAGAUAGAUACGAUAAAAUAAUUGAGUGAAGUGAGAACGAAAACCAGUAAUCUCAAGCACAUUAAAAGAAAUGAGCAAACACGAAGAAAUACACAUACAAUCAUCGUACGUACAGAGGAGAGAAAAAAUAAAUAAAUGAAAUAAAAUGAAAUCAAAAAACCAUUGGAAUAUAUCAAAUUACUAUCGCAGAACUAUGUCGUAUUAUACGGGUCAUCUCACGCCAAUUAGUUGACCUGGCUUUGAUCGUCGCCAUUUUUAAUUUCUUUUUUUCUCAAAUGAUUCAGAAUCGUUGUCUCAAUACUGACAAUGCAGGGACUUAGCUACAGUUUUUUCGAAAAUUACGCCACAAAUUUCUCGAUAAAAGUGAUAACAUUUUUUACCCCACUCCGAUUAAAUUAUUCAUCGAACCAUGUAGAGAUGAAUUUCUGACAAAGAGUCAGGUCGAUUUGGCGCGAAAUGUCCCUAUAUACUUACAUAUGCUUUUACAUACCUAUACAACGUAUAUUCGUACACUACAUGAAUAUUAUUAAAAGAAAAAGAAAAGAUAAUCGGGAGCUUUUCUUAUAUGAAUGAAACUAAUUAUACAAAUAAAAAAAUGAUACAAAACAGAGAAGAACUGACAUUGUUAUUGAUAUAUAAAUAUACACAUCUGCAUGAUAACUUUUUUUCUACUCGUAUAAAUAAUCAAAGCCAAACCAAUUAACCUACCUAUAUCUAAAAAAAAAGAAACAAAAGAAAUGUAUAAAAAUCGAGAGAGAAUAAUAAACAUGUCUGCUGUUUUGCUCAUUUGCAGUUACACAUUUACCGCUUCCAUUACACUGUGCCAAUUAAAUUUAUAUAUAAUUAUAUAUUGUGUACAAUAUAUGUAUACCGUAUACCCACAUAUUGAAAUUCAAGAAUGUACGAAUGAAGCGAUUGAUUGAUUGUUUGAUUAUUGUAUAUGUAUAAUCAUUUAUCGAUAAAAAUGAUUGACGAAUUGGGAUAAGACUAUAAAUCGCAACAAAAAAAAUGAUAAGCGUGACUCAACAAAUGAUUAACGUAGAUUGAAAAAAUAGUUAAAUAAAUAAUAUAAAAUCGAAUAACGAAUAAAUGACAUGUAAUAAACAACGAAUUUUGUUCAAUUAUAUUUUCUUCCGUUCUUAGUGAUCCUGAAAAGCUCUCUGAUUAAAUCAAAAGUAUCAUAUAUUUGUGUAGUUAUAAAUAUACUAUGUAUAAUGGAUACACGAGUACAUACAUACGUACAUGGCAUAAAUAAACUGACAGAAUAAUAUAUAUAUAUAUGUAAUUAGUAUUGAUUAUAUCUGAAUACCUAAUAUUACACAUUAUUAUUAUUAUUAUUAAUCAAUUAAUCAAUUAAUUGUAACUGUAAAUAACAUAUAGUAUUUUUACAUUCUCAUUAUUCUAAAUUACAUAAUUAUCAUAUACCUAUACGUAUAUUAUAUUUCCAAUCAUAAUGAUAACAUUAACAAUAUUAAUAACAAUAAUAAUAAUAACAACAUUGAUAACAAAACAUGUCUGAACGGAAUCUGACGAACGAUCUGUUCCACCCUUUUAUCACCUUCGUAAUAUUUAUAUAGUUUUCAAAUUUAUUAUUAACAUUCAAUACAUGGUGGUAAGUCUGAGACCGGUUGGAACACCGUGUAAAUUAGUUCAUACUCGAUUCGGUCGAUUUGUGCAGUGGUAUCAUUUUUUUAUACUAAUAAUGCUGGUACUGAUAAUAAUGGUAACAAUAACGACAGUAACGAUUUUCAUUAUUGGUAUCAACUCUGUUUUUGAGAGAAAAAUUAUGACAGAGGAAAGAGAUUUCAUGUAUGUUAUUAAAUUAAUGUCAUAAUCAAUUAAAUAAAGUUGUGAAUGAGUGCAGAAUAAUGUUACAUACAUACUAGUCCUUGAAAAUUGUUCGAAACCAAAGUAUAUUAAAUGAAACUAAUCGAUAAAUACAUUAUUAUAUGUAUGUUCUUAAAUAAAUUGAAAUAAAUUAUCGUUGAAGGGCUAAACAUAGUAUCAUGUAUAUCACACACGCGACGAGAAAAUGAAGAAAGAAAUGAAUGAACGAAGAAAUAAAUGCAAGAAUGAGCGAAUGAGUUGAAUGGAAUUUAUAUCACACAAUUAUAGUGAAGGAUUCAUUGUCGAAGAAAACCAACGACAAUAGAUU